AUGGAAAUAAAACAAACCGAGAACGAGUAUGAAAGGGAGUUGGAGCUGGACAAAUUAAGCAACUUACCAAGUGAUGUUACAGAAAAAAUCCUAUCAUAUUUGCCAACUAGAGAAGCAGUAAGGACCAGUUUUUUAUCAAGAAAUUGGAGGCACAAAUGGGUUACUGUUCCGCGUCUUAUGUUUGAUGAUAAAACAGCCAACCGCAACAGUUUUCAAAUACAAAGAGUUAUCGAUCAUGUUCUUUUACUUCACAAAGGCCCUGUAGACUCUUUCAAGUUGUCCACAGUGAUAUAUCUAACCAAUAAUGAGUUUGAUAGAUGGAUUUGGUAUCUAUCAAGAUUCGCUAUCAAAGAGUUCAUACUGGAAAGAAGAUAUCCAUCCGACAAUUACAAUGUCUCUUCCCAUCUGUAUUCUUACAAAGAUCUGACUCACUUGGAGUUAAGCAAUUGUUCUCUGAAUCCCCCUUUGACAUUCAAAGGCUUUGCGACGUUGAAGAACCUCAACAUUCAAAAUGUCAGUGUGGCAAAAGAUGUGUUGGAAAAAAUUAUUGUUGGUUGUCCACUGCUUGAGAGAAUGAUUCUAUGCGACUUAGAGAGUGUCGACAUUCUCAAUGUUGAUGCACCAAAUCUCCAAUUCCUUAAAGUUGUUGGUGUUUUUAAAGAAGUUAAGCUUCAGAAUGUCCCAAAUCUAGUUCAUGUUUCAAUCGGCCAAAAAAGAAUCGACUACAAAGAGGUUUCUAGAAGAAAUUCUAGCAAAUUGCUCCAGUAUUUUCUUAGCCUGCCUCGUAUCGAAAGGCUCACUAUUGAAGGUUGCCUUUUAGAGCAGUGUGUUGUUAAUUCCUUUUCCUUGCAUACGGAGCUGCCUGAACCGUAUCCAUGUCUGAAUUUUCUUUCUAUAAGCAUGCGCUUGAAUAGUUUGGACGACAUUUUAGUUGCUAUGUAUCUUCUGAGAAGCUCACCUGCUAUACAAGUGCUAGAAAUCGAGGUCCGCCAAGAGUCUAAUGCUGAAGAACAAGCAACCAAUUGGUUAAAUAACAAUCGGCUUUGGGAAUUCACUCAACUGCGACGUCUGAAAGUAACCGGCUUCUCUGGUGUUACCGGAGAAGUAGACUUCCUUGACUAUCUAUUUUCACGCUUCCCUGCUCUUCAAGAAAUAGAAAUUUCGUUUAGAGACUACACAAAUAUGGGGAAGGGAUUAGAUGCUGCGGCUGGGGGAGAUUAUAGCAAUCGAAAUUGGUCGCUCAACCAGCUGAGAAUCAUGAAAGUAACCAAUGUGAGAUAUGAAGCAAGUUUCAUCAGAUUUCUCCUUUCAAGUUCACCUAUGCUAAACACGAUGACUCUUCAGCCUGUUUCUGCCGGAAUUUCUUGGGAACUACUUGAGUUAUUGGUGAAGGAGUUCAAGCGCUAUUCGCAUGCUGAGUUAAAACUCUUGAAACCAUUAUCGAGCGAGUCCUAUAAUAAUGACUUCUAUUCUGAUGACGUCCGGUGCAUGUGCACCAGCGUCCCCGCGGUAGCUUCAGGCUGGGACAUAUGA